AUGUCUAUUUCCACAACCGAACUCGAUACGUACUUAGUCGAAAAUUGGGAUACCGAGACCCUUGUCCUUUACCUGCGAGAGCAGGGCCUAAAGCUUAAUGAAAAGCACUUCGACAUCCUCCGCAAUGAAGAAAUCACUGGCCUCUCCUUCCUCGAUAUGACCAAAGAAGAUUUCCAAAGUUAUGGAUUAAAAGGUGGUCCGGCAACACUUCUUGCAAAAGAGGUCAAGAUACUCAAGGACAACACGAAAAGGGCAUACUCGUCAUAUCGUACUUUGAAAGAUUUUAAAGCA